AUGCAGAGCAGCAGCAUGAAGAGGGAGAUCGGCGAGAUCCACGACACCCUCCGCUUCGGCAUGAACGCCGGCGUGAAGGCCGACCUCGCGCCGCCGCACCCGCUCCAGUCCACCAUCCAAUCGGAGACCAAGUUCUGGGCGGACAAGAAGAAGUUCGGGACAGAUGCCAUCUACGGAUCCGCUCUCAACAUUCGCAAGGAUCUCGAUGCCCAAAUCCUCUCCAGGUUCCAAAGGCCCCCUGGUGCUUUGCCGUCAUCUCUGCUUGGAUAUGAGGCACUGACAGGUUCCCUGGAUGAUUUUGGAUUUGAAGAUUAUCUUAACAUGCCUCAAGAUUCUGACAGUUUCCGUCAACAUGACAUGCACCACGGAAUGGAGGUUCGCCUUGGUUUGUCCAAGGGACCUAUCUGCCCUAGCUUCAAUUGUGGCAGAAUGUAG